CGGCGGCCGCGUCCCGGAGGGCACCGCGCCAGAGGCCUCGUCUCCUCUUCCCCGCAGGUCCUCGCGGCCCGGCGCGAACAUGCUGGACGGGCUGAAGAUGGAGGAAAACUUCCCAAGCGCCAUCGAGACCUCGGCCUCCUUCUCUUCGCUGCUGGGCAGAGCGGUGAGCCCCAAGUCCGUCUGCGAGGGCUGUCAGCGGGUCAUCUCGGACAGGUUCCUGCUGCGGCUCAACGACAGCUUCUGGCACGAGCAGUGCGUGCAGUGCGCCUCCUGCAAAGAGCCCCUGGAGACCACCUGCUUCUACCGGGACAAGAAGCUCUACUGCAAGUACGACUACGAGAAGCUGUUUGCGGUGAAGUGCGGGGGCUGCUUCGAGGCCAUCGCCCCGAACGAGUUCGUGAUGCGGGCCCAGAAGAGCGUGUACCACCUGGGCUGCUUCUGCUGCUGCGUGUGCGAGCGGCGGCUGCAGAAGGGGGACGAGUUCGUGCUGAAGGAGGGCCAGCUGCUCUGCAGAGGGGACUACGAGAAGGAGCGGGAGCUGCUCAGCCUGGUGAGCCCGGCGGCCUCCGACUCGGGCAAAAGCGACGACGACGAGAGCCUCUGCAAGUCAGCCCACGGGGCCGCGAAGGGCGGCGCGGAGGACGGCAAGGACCACAAGCGCCCCAAGCGCCCCCGGACCAUCCUGACCACCCAGCAGAGGAGAGCCUUCAAGGCCUCGUUCGAGGUGUCGUCCAAGCCCUGCAGAAAGGUGAGGGAGACGCUGGCUGCGGAGACGGGGCUGAGCGUCCGAGUGGUCCAGGUGUGGUUCCAGAACCAGCGUGCAAAGAUGAAGAAGCUGGCGCGGCGGCAGCAGCAGCAGCAGGACCAGCAGACCAGCCAGAGGCUGAGCUCUGCUCAGACCAACGGCGGCGGGGGCGCGGGGCUGGAGGCCAUCAUGAACCCCUACACGGCGCUGCCCACGCCGCAGCAGCUGCUGGCCAUCGAGCAGGGCGUCUACGGCGCGGACCCCUUCCGGCAGGGCCUCACCCCGCCCCAGAUGCCGGGGGACCACAUGCACCCCUAUGGUGCCGAGCCCCUUUUCCAUGACCUGGACAGCGAUGACGCCUCCCUCAGUAACCUGGGCGACUGUUUCCUAGCAACCUCAGAAGCCGGGCCCCUGCAGUCCCGAGUGGGGAACCCCAUCGACCACCUGUACUCCAUGCAGAAUUCGUACUUCACCUCCUGAGCCCUCCCCGAGCGCUCGGUGGCCGGGCCCCGACUGGAGCGCCGCGGACAGGAGGGGCCGGCUGGCUUUGGGACGGGGGAGGCCGGGAAGAGGCGGGCGGGGCGGGGGGCGCGUCUUGUCGGGGUGCUGUGGCGUGAGGCUCUGGGGUAGGUCGGCAUUUCCAAAGACGGGCUACGUAGCGGAUCGCGUAGUGUAAAGUUUCUGGUAAGAGUCGUAGCGUUAGGUGUGCAGGCUGUGCAUCGUGGAGGACGGGGGCGCCUGACACAGACAGUGUCACGCAGGCGAGACCCCUAGAGACCCCCAACCCCUCCCCGCCCCGCGGGGGGCGCUCCUGUCCAGCGGUGCCGACGUCUCUUCGUGCGGACAGCCCACAGACGGACGGACGGACAGACGGGACAGGCGGAUGUGCGUGUGAGCGGGACCUCUCUGACUUUAUCAUCAGAGUCUACCCCUAGUGAUGACGGCCACUGUACAGCAAAGUAACUUUAUUUUCCGUGUGAGCUCUAUUUAAGGAAAUGCUUGAUGCACUUAAGUUAUGAAAUGAGAUGAUUUACUUUUAUAA